AUGUUACACUUAGGACAUGAAACAGAGACAGUGAGUGGAUAGGAAGCAAAGUGAUAACAUCACUGGUUCCAUGAUUUUUGUUCUUCUUCUUUAGAAAAACAAAACAACAGUAAUGGCUUCAAUACCAUCAUCAUCAUGUACAGCCCAUACUCUUCCCAUCACUUGCAAACCUCAAAAGACUGCAACUUUCUUGCCUAACUUCAGUACCCCAUUUCUGGGUACCAAAAGUAAGGUUUGUUUGGUAAGACCCUGUAGAAUUGGACCCUCUAAUGGGUCAAGAGUAAAGUGCUGGUUCAAGUUUGGUAAAAAUGGUGUUGAUGCUGAAGGUGCUGGCAUUUAUGGUAGCCAAUCCCGUGAUGACUUUGAUAGAGAUGAUGUUGAGCAGUACUUUAACUACAUGGGGAUGCUUGCUGUUGAGGGAACAUAUGAUAAGAUGGAGGCUCUUCUAAGUCAAGACAUUCAUCCAGUAGACAUCUUAUUGAUGCUUGCUGCCUCAGAAGGUGACAAGCCAAAAAUUGAAGAAUUGUUGAGAGCUGGAGCAAGUUACAAUGUCAAGGAUGCAGAUGGCCGGACUGCCCUCGACAGAGCUAAUGAAGAAAUCAGGGAAUUCAUCGUUGGCUUUUCAGUUCAGAAGGCAUGAUUUUGAUUGACGUACUUAUAUUUAGUCUUUUCCAUAUUGCUGUAUUUUUCGCUUUAUAGCUAUGGCUCCUUAAGGUAUAAUAGCUAUUUCUGUAUUAGAGUUCCUGCAUCAUUUUCUUUAGGGCUGUUGCUCCUUGAGCUAUAAUAUGCAAGUUUUACUUAUAAUAACAGUGGUUAUUACUGAUUUCUGACCAUAACAAGUUCAUGUAUCAUGUAAGUAAUUCUAAAAGGCGAGAUUGUGGUCAAAUUCUUAUGAAAAAUUCUUGCCUA